GGAAGGGUCAUUACGUCACUGUAGCACAUGAACACACAUUGGUGCCAAGUGUCAACGGGAGUUUUUCCCCACCAAAGUCAAGAGAAUUUAAUAAUCAGGAGGGCUAACGUUAGCCAGAUCUCUCGAUAAUGUUUACUAUUGUUGUCAGAAGGUGGCGCUAAUCGCCAAAUUUUAUAUGCCUCUAUAAAUCUGGACCCUUAUCACUUAGCGGUACUUGUUAUUUUGAAUUAACUAAGUUAGCAUUUACACUUUGUUUAGCUAACGUUAGUGAGCAGUAUCUCUGAGUCGUCCUACAUUCAUUUGGAGAUAAAAACCGUUAACGUUAGUAAUAAAUAAUCCUCCUGAAGGUGUAAAAGACAGGGUUUGAAGAUUGCUUUAUUUUUACAGUCAGGGAGCUGCGGUGUUGGGAGAUGUCCCAGGUCCCUGGUCGUGAUCCGGCCUUCAUGGAGGCUAUCAACGAAAACAUGCGUGUCCCGGAACACCUGAGCAUCAGCCCAAGGCAGCAGUGGCAGGAGGAGGAGGAAAGAGAGGAGGCCACGAGGAGGCCAGAAGGGCCUCCCCCCGCAUACACCAUGCAGGUCCCUGAUAGGCUGACAUAUGCAGAAGCCCCUGAUAUGAGCCCCAGACCUCCGUUCACCUCGUCCAAACUGACUAUCUGCGGCCCUCUUGGUCUGGAACCGUGCUGGGAGAGUCCAUCUGGAGAGGUCUUCUACAGAGAAGCGCAGCAGAGUCCCAUACGGAGAACCUACAGUGACCAAAGCUUGCCGCCUACCACACCAACCCAGCUGAAAAAGGCACCGGCACUGCCCAGACAUCCAUACCCUCCAAGUUCAGGCCGUCCCCUCCACCAGCACUCCACUGCUUCUCUUUCCGCCCAGACCACCGACCCUCAGGCCCAGGCCCAGCCUCUCCCUGCCACCUCCCUCAGCCUCCUGUUUCCACAGUCCAUUCUGCAGGCAGCCAAGCAUUUGGGCCUGCAGGCAUCACAGCGCGUCCUGCAGACGGUCAGCCAGAAAUACAGGAAUCAAGAGAAGCCGCCACCAGCAAGAGUUAUGACCGAGGUGCCUUCUGCAGCACAUGUGGAGCACAGCAAGAAAAGGGCAAUGGAGAACUGGAGCCCACAAGAAGAGGGAGGAGCUGCAGUUGAGUUCAUCAUCCUCAGGAGACAGGUGAUGAAAAUGAGUCGCCGGCUGGCAGCACUUGAGAGGCACAACACUGAGCGGAGGAAUACCGAAGUCGUCCUGUUCUCGCUGCUUUUCUCCGCCUGCCUGCUCAACGUCUGGCUGUGGAUCCGCAGAUAACACACACUCACUGACAUACACACAUAUACAUGUACACACAUUUGUUUGACUAAACUUGUAAGGACCCACAUUCAUUUCCUCAAGGAAAUUUGAUUGAUAUUCUAGAUUGCUAAAACCUUUUCUGAACAACUGCUGAAAUUCAACCAUAAACAUCAGACUUUUUGUUUGUCACUCAGAAUCAAAGAUCAAGGGCCUCUUUAUACAUCCGACAGACGAUAAUCAUACAGGGAGAAAUUAAUUGUAGAAGUGGUACAGAGACCAAUUUACAGUAACAGGAAAUAGACCAGAAUGCAAUGCAGCUAAAAGUUAAAAAUAUCACUUUACUUUUGGCACAAUCUCUCUGCCAUGAUUGUGCUGAAGAUUUUCUAACAAAUGUCUUGAGUAAUUCACCCUCCACAACAGCAGGUGGAGCUAUGCGUCAAUUUAAACUCGCCGGGAGGUUGAGCAGAGCAGAUUGAACAGCCACUGUGGUGGGGAGGAUUACAGUGUUCUGUCUAGCUGUCCGAGACAUGAGCGCUGCAGUACCUGCAGAUAAUAUUUGGAGACUGCCGUGUUUAAUUUUUGUCUGCAGUGCACAUUUGAUUGAAGACAAACCCUCAUACAAGAGCUUCAUCUCAACCAGAGUUUAAAUAUUAGUCAUGUCAGUCACUGGCUGAGUUUGGAUAUUUAUUUGUUAUUUGUUAAAUCUGUGUCAUUAUUGCUGAAUGUUUAUUUAAUAAAAGUAGAUUAUAUAUUUAAA